AGCCGCCGUGGCCCAGCGGCCCCGGGGGCGCCCCUGCACGGCCGCCCGAGGGCGCCGCGGGAGCCCGCCGGGGGCCAGCGCCCGCGCGGGAGCCCCGCUCGGCGCCGGGCGCGAUGUCGAACAUCGGGCGGAUGGACGGGGCGUUCUUCGUCUCAAGGACGGAGUUGCUCGGCUGGGCGAACAGUGCGCUCGAGCUCAACCUCACCAAGGUCGAGCAGUGCGCCAACGGCGCUGUGUACUGCCAGGUCAUCGACGCCUGCCAUCCCGGGACCGUGCUGAUGAAAAAGGUGAACUGGAAUGCCCGAGCUGAGCACGAGUCUGUUCCGAACUAUAAGGUUCUGCAGCAGGCGUUCGACCGCUGUGGGAUCGAGCGGCACGUCGAGGUUGACAAGCUUGUCAGAGGCAAGUAUCAGGACAACCUCGAGAUGCUGCAGUGGAUCAAGACGUACUACGACCGCACAUCCCAGGGUGGCGAGUACAACGCGGUGGCGAGACGUUACUGUGCAGACCCUCCUGAGUGGGCAAGGGCUCAUCGGCGCCAGCGGUUGGCCGCAACCUCGGCGCCAGAGGAAGGGUGGCCCCCGGCGACCCGCAGGGCGGCUCGCGCCCGAGCACUUCGGGCGGCGGCUACCCCGCAGCCCCGGCGGCCCAGCCGCGUCGCGGGGCCCCCUUGGCGCCAGCGGUAGCUUCCUCGGCGGAGG